CCAUGUAGUCACACCCCCCACACCGUAACCAUGAUCCUCCUCUCCCCCCUCACAACGGCACUCCUGUGCCUCCUAACCCUCACCACCGCAACAAACACCACCACCACCCCUUUCAACCUCGACUCAACAUGGGGCAACCUAUCCCCCUACACCUCGAGCCCAGGCUUCGGCAUCCCCCCGGGCACGCCCAAGACCUGCCAACUAACCCAAGCGCACAUCCUCCACCGGCACGCCCAGCGCUAUCCCACCUCCUACCUCCUCGACGCCGACAGCAUGGAAUCCUUCGCCCAGAAGCUAAAGAACUACACUCUAGCGCACCCAAACAGCACCCUCGCCACUGGGCCCCUCUCCUUCCUCAAUAACUGGAGAUACCUGAUGGGCACAGAGGCCCUCCUCCCCACCGGCGCAGCGACAGAAGCUACCUCGGGUGCAUUCCAUUGGUCCCGGUACGGACGUGUAUUGUAUGAUGCCCCAGCGGGCAUGGCGGACUGGAGUAAUGAGUUGAAUGUGUUUCCGAAUGGAACGAGGAGGAGCAAGCCCAUAUUUAGGACGACGUCGCAGGCGAGGAUUCUGGAGAGUGCGAGGUGGUGGUUGAGCGGCUUCUUCAGCAACAUCGCAGCCAACAGCUCCUCCGAUGACUACGACCUCGUCAUCAUCCCCGAGGGCGACGGCUACAACAAUACCUUGUCAGGAAGCUGUCCUAACGGGGAUACUUCAGAGGGAGACGACUCCGCCGAGCAAUUCCUCAAGAUCUACACACCCCCCAUCAUCACCCGCUUCUCCCAGUACCUCCCCUCAACCCUAAACCUAACCUAUCUGGACAUCCUCUCCAUGCAAAACCUCUGCGCAUACGAGACCGCCGUGCUCGGCACCUCCUCCUUCUGCGCGCUCUUCACCCCCUCCGAAUGGGAAUCCUACGCUUAUAUCCUCGAUCUGCAGUUCUACGGGGACUAUGGCUUCGGCUCUCCCUCCGGAAGGGCCCAGGGGAUCGGCUACGUCCUCGAACUAGCAUCCCGUCUUCAGGGCAAGGUGAUCGAGAAGCAGGUUGCGAACGUCAACAUUACGUACGACUCUAACCCGAGCACAUUCCCGCUGCAUCAACCACUCUACCUGGAUAUGUCUCACGAUGAUGUGAUCGUGUCUGUGUUGGCUGCGCUGGGUGUGGAGUACUUCAACAUCGGGAAGGAUGGAAUGAAAGGGAAUAUCAGUGCGAACGAAGUCCCUCUGAAUCGCACGUUCAGGUUGAAUAGGAUUGCGCCGUUCGGGGCGCGGUUUGUGACGGAGAUUUGGAGGUGUGAUUCUUCCUCUGCUGCGGAUAUUGAGGUGGAUGCGGGUGGGGAGGUGGUUUAUGAGAAUCCGACGGUUAGUGAGGGGGUUGGGAAGGAGUAUGUGCGGUGGGUGUUGAAUGAGAUGCCGGUGCCGGUGGAUGGGGUGUCUGGGUGUGAGUCGGAUGGAGGGAAUGGGUUUUGCUCGUUGGAGGGGUUCCUGGGGGGUGUGAAGGAGAUGCAGGAGUUGGCGAGUUUCGAGGAGGCGUGUAUUGAGGGGGUGGGCAGUGGUGGGGGCCAGGUUGGGGAUGGAAGGCCUUAG